AUGGAGGUAAUGGAAUUAGCUGAAAUGAGGAAAGUCUUCAUGCCUUCCAAAAGACGUUAUGAAGAUCCUCACAAAGAGGCUGUAAAAUUAAGAACUUUAUGGGCGCACCACAAACCACCGAAUCGACUGAAAGCCAUGCAAAUGGUGAAGGAUUUGUACAGCAAAGCGAGGAAAGAAGUGGAAAAUGAAAAUUACGACUCUGCAUUGGCAUCUACCAGAAAAGCACUUUUUCUGGAUCCUCGACAUCACGCAUUUUACGCCCUGAGAGGAGACGUUUACUCGCACAAGGGGUUCUGGAGCGAGUCUAUCAAGAGUUACGAAAAGGCGAGACUGCUCGUCGAGUUAGACCGAAGAGUACCCGAAGAGAAAGGAAGAGCAUUCUACGUGAAGAAAUUAAUCGACGCAUACUGGAAACGUGGAAAUUCUUACUUAGAGCAGGAUGACCUGCUCGAAGCCCUCGGGGAUUACGAGGAAAUUCUCGUUCUUUUGCCUCGAGGGACCUUGAUAACGGAAACGCAGGAUAAAAUCCUGGCAGCUUUGAAAAGUCUAGAGAAGUACGAAGCAUAUCGUUAUCAUUGGAUGCGUUUCAUGGUAGACGCCGACAAGAAAAGGGCCUCGAGUCUCUUGACACACCACGCCGAGUAUAGAAUUUACUUGAGCGACAUGGCAGCGGCUCGUCACAUGCUCUUCGAGGCUCUAGACAUUGACUCGUCCAAUUCGAAGGCUCAGGAGCUCUUGCAGGUCGUAUUCGACACCGGUCAUACCAUGGUAGCCUACGCGGUGAUCUGGUGCUUUCAUGGGUGCUAUGACAAGGCUCUGUUGACCAUCGAAAAGGGCCGAGACUGCGAUCCCUAUAAUCCAGGGUACACCUUGCUGAAGGCCAUAAUUCUGCGUCUGUCGGGUCGCUUAACAGAAGCGAAGAGAUGGUUGCAAAGCAUCGACCAAGGUUUCUACAAGCUACUGGAGCCGUCCAGGGACAUGCAGGGCUCCAUCGUCGGCAACCUGACGAUAGACGAAACGAGGGAUCAGUUAAUCAAACAGUGGCAUCUGAUAAGGUACGACCUGGCCGUCGAGUCCAUGCUCGAUGGCUGCUUCGAGAAGGCGUACGAGUUGCUGAAGAACAGCGACUUGAGGGAUCUGUUCCCAGAGACGUACGUGUUGAUGGGCGACUGUCUUCUGCAAACUGGCAAGCCCAAACUGGCUCUUAAGAUGUAUGAAAAGUGCCGGAAGAAGUGCCAGGAGAAGCCAGGAUGCUGGGCGGAUUCCCAGGAGAAGAGGAUCAACCUGGUGGACAGGAUAUCGAGCAUCGUAAACCUGGAAGCCCUCGACGCGCUGAUGGACAAGCGCUCCAAACUGGCGAUCAAACUCUCUCGAGAUGUCCGUGAAACCUUUCGAGAUGGUAAAGUGGACCUUUCCAAGCUUCCAACUCUGCGUGGAGAAGCUUAUCUGAACGAGGCUCAGGCCCUCUAUCAGCUCUCAGCUGGCAAGACGAUAGACCCGGGUUGUAAAUCCGCAGCCGCCGACGGUUUCGUCUUCACCCGGACCGCAGAUCGCUCAGAUUUGCGGAAAAUGAUUUUCGGCAACCUGGCGACCCAGGAGAUCGUCGAGAAAUACGCGGCGAAGAGGAAGCUUCCUCACGGCACGAAGCUCCUGAUGCAGUUCUCGUGACCCCGCUUCCGUCGAGAU